AUGGCGUCGGCAUUGAAGAGGAAAGGGUGAGAAAGGACAAAGUUUUCGUUUUCGUUGCAUACGCAAUCGUAUCGUUUCACAACACCUGUUAUGUUUUAGGAUUAAAUUGUCUAAUAUGUGAAGUUUUUCACUAAGCAGAAACGACAUGGAUCCAUCAGUGCAGGAGUUACUUUGGUGUAAUGAAGUUUAUCAUCCCACUGAAGAAGGUCUCUCCAUGUCUGAACUGAGAAUAGUGCUUGUUGGGAAAACAGGUGUUGGGAAGAGUGCGUCUGGUAACACAAUCUUGGGCAGAGAGGCAUUUCGGUCAGUGGCCAGCUUUGCUUCUGUGACCAAGGAGUGUGUAAAGUGCCAAGGAGAAUUUGAGGGGAGACAUCUUUGGGUAGUGGACACACCUGGCUUAUUUGACACGUCGCUGCCUGCUGAAGAGCUCAGAUCUGAGAUAGCAAAGUGCAUUUCCUUGUCUUCCCCCGGCCCACAUGUCUUCCUGCUGGUUAUGCAAAUUGGACGUUUCACAGAGGAAGAGAAAAAGACUGUGAUGCUCUUCCAAGAGUUCUUUACUGAGAGCACAUCUAAGUACAUGAUGCUGCUAUUCACACGUGGGGAAGAUCUAGAUGGCAGAUUGAUUGAGGACUUUUUUGAAGAAGCUGGUGAGGACCUCCAAAGACUUGUGAAGUUAUGUGGUGGCAGGCAUCACAUCUUCAAUAACAAGAAUAAAGAGGAUAGAAGACAAGUGGGAGAGCUGCUAAAGAAAAUAGAGGCAAUGGUGGAAACAAAUAAUGGGAGCUGUUACACUAAUGAGGUGUAUGAAAAGGCUGAAGAGGAGAUACGACAGGAGGAAGAGAGGUUAGCAAAGGAGGAAGAAGAAUUAAGGUUGAUGGAAAUUAAAAGUCUUAACAACAUGAAGGCAGCAAAGAGAAAAAGACAGCUGGAGGAAGAGCCUUGCUUAGAAUGUGUUCGGCCUGAGUUUUUCCUGCAUCACAAGAGUCAAAUCACACAGACAGGGCUAAAACUGCGAAGAAAUCUGGGGAGGCUUUCCAGGCCUUUCAGCAGAAGACUUAGGGCAAAAGCUGAAGUUUCAGGCCACGUCCUUGAGAAAGUUAAAAUUCUUGUUGCGGCUGGUGCCACUGGUGCAGCAGUGGGGGCAUUGUUUGGAGUGGCAACCCCAUUGGCUUUUGCGGGAGGAGCUACCAUUGCUGGCAAAGCAGCAUUGGCCAUUUCUGGGAGCUCUGCCACUGCCGUAGCUGUGGCUGGAAAAAUGGUUGGAGCCGUGAUCUCUGCUGCAACAUGCAAGACGGCAGUGGCAUUAGGAGCUGCAACAGGGGUUGUCCUUGGUGGGGCAGUGGGCGCUGUGGCAAGUACCGAAGCAGUAAAACCAACAAAGGGAGCAAUGGAAGCUGCAGAGUCAGUUUUGGUCAUGGGUGCAGCCACAGUCGGUGUAGCAGCCAGUUUGGGGGCAGCCACAGGAGCAGGUGGAGUGGUAGCAAAUGCUGUUAGAGUGGCUGCAGCAGCAGAAAAUACACUUGGAGUCGCAACUGGCAUGGAGACUGCAGGGAGUUUGGGAACAGCUGGAAUGAACACAGUGCUGGGCAGUUCCUUGGCACAAGGAUCAAUUGUAUCGGGAAAGGCCAUGGCCACAGAUACUGCAGUAAAAGUCCUCACAGCCCUGACAGAUUUGGGCAAAGCAGUGGCAAGUAUUGCAGUAGCCGGAGGGCUGGCAUUCAGAGUCGUGAAAGAAAGAGUGCAGUCAAGAUCCAUGGAAGAGAAUGGUGAUGUGGCAUUUACAGAAAAAAGGUCAUUUGAAAUUCACUUGAAUAGAUAGUAUAAUGUUAACACUAAAAUGGACAACACCAAAGUUUAAAGUUCUUGUUGGGAUUCUUUGCUGUGUUCUGUAGUAUUUGACAGUUGUUAAUACGUCAUAUUUAGUUCAUGAUUUGUCUUAAAUUGCCAUGUCAUCUUUAGGUGUACAAUCACAAGUUCAGAACAGCUUAAAUACACAAUUCAGAUUGACUUUUUAGACGCUCUUGGCAAGAGUCGCAAGAAACCAAGCUGUCCACCUGCUGAUGAAGAGAGGGUAUUUAGUUUUAGUACAGAUUUCUACAUAUAAUAGUGAACUACAAAACGAGAGUGGAGGACCCCAAGGGCACCCAUAGUGCACUUAGUACCCAUUUUGCACCUGUUAUCGCACUUAGAGCAAGAGUGCUGCCAGACUGGUAUGUCUUUCAUGCGCGUGAUUUGAAUUUUUACCUAUUGAGUUCUGAUUGCCAUUAGUGGUUUUAGGGAUCUGAGAACGUUGGAAUAAGACAAACACAGUUGUUACAAACACUAAACAUCUUUGUAAGUCAAGGUGUCUGUCUAAUUAUAGCACUAGAUGACAUAAGCCAUUAAAACAAUGAGUUUCACAAUGUUACUGGUAUUUAAAAAUAAAUAUGUGCAGUUCAUUUAUUGUAAGGUUUCCCAUCUCUUCAUUGUCUUUGUCACUACCAGACUGCUUAGUUUAAUGUCCAAGAAUAUUGUAAAAGUGAUUUGGUUUAAUCUUCUUAUAUAAUACACUACCAUGACUGUCCGUUUGUCUGUCCAGGAUUUUAAAUCACCUGUAUCUCGCAAACCGUUUGAACUAUUGACCUGAAAUUUGGUACACAUAUACUACGUGAAGUCUAGUCUCCGCUUGCGGGGUGACAAUUGACCUCCAAGGUUAUUUGUCUUUUUAUUUUAUUGGUGAAUCAACUCUCGGCAGCGGCCAGCAGGGCGGCUAAGCGGCGCAUGUGUACGGGUGUUGUUCUCAUCCCUACAACCUUCGCCAUCACUUCCCCUACCUCUUCAUAUCUUAAAUCAUUCUUGAGACAGACUGAAGACUUAAGUGCCAGCUUAAGUGAAAAAUGAAGGAAAACAUACUAAGUAAUUGCAACACAAACACUGACUUAAUCAGUUUUAACGCAAAAAGAUGCAGACGAAAGAAGAGAAGAAGCGGGCCGCUAGGGUGGAGAAAAGAAGAGCUGCUCAGGAAGCAGCAAGCGCAUCAACCUCUGAGCAAACGAAUGAUAAACGUGCAGAGAAAGAGGAUGAAAACUAGGAAUGCUCAUGUCAAGUGUAUUCACUGCACGUUAUCAUGCAGUGUGCCAUUACUGGUGAUGUGUAAUGAGAGUUCUCAAAGGUUUUUCACCCCAGUUCACAUGGACCAGUUUUUUCAAGCUCUGGAGCAAUUUUCCCCAUAUUUUUAGUUUGUUUGUGUAGAUGUGAUCAAGCCAUCUGAACUCUGGUGCAGAUCAAAACAAUCAGACAGGGCCAUUUAGAAACAACAGUGGUCUUCAUAUGGCACCAAGUGAAUCCUGGAGUUGUGAUCCAACUAAAAGAAAUACUGUGCAUUAUACCAUUAUUAUCAGUAAUUAGGCAAUGUUAGCAUAAAACCACACUCAUGCAUAUAAAUGUACCACAGUUCAAAUAAAACCACAGGCAUAAAUGCCACUUAAUAAAAGCAAGUCUAGUAUGUGAUUCAGGAUCAGAGUCUUUAUCUCUCUGUAAUGAAAAGAAAAGUUUAUUGUAAUAAAUUAUACAUUUCGUGCACCUUUCUCUGCAUCAAUUGAUUCAUUUUGUAGGUCAGUUUAUGAGUUUGGGGGACUUGAGGAUUGUGAAGUUGAUGUUAGUUUUUGCAUUUAAAGUAUAUUCACUAAGUUGAAUAUUUUUUACCAUCUUGCUGUGACAUCAUCUUUAUUUUCUGUAAGUGCUGCAGCUUUGUGAUCACAACAUCAGGUUGUGGUUUCCAAGGGCAUGGUCACAGGGGUCAAUUAUGUGAAAGAGUUAACAGGCUACCUCUGUUGGUGUCCCUGUCCGAUUUUUUUGUAUUAAACUUUGAAAUGUAAAAAAAACAUUUAUUGUCUUGCUGGUAAAAAAUGUCUUGCUCUGGUUCAUGACACUUGAUUUUCAGUUUUCCUUUUUGGCUUUGACAAAAGAUCGGUUCGACUCACAGUUUUGACAUUGUCUUAUUCCUUUGACUAUGCACAUCUCCCAGUCCUUUUUAUUUCUUCUUACACUGUCUUCUAAGUCAGUGUAACAAUUGGCCAUGUUGUUAAAAACAUGUGUAAUUUCCCAUGUGAUCAGGUAAAUCAAGCUAUGCACAGAGGCAUCAGAAGGCAGUGCCCUGUGUAACUUGUGAUCUAACCCUUGAGUCUACACUGUAAGAAUAGUGUGUGCAGGUGGGGUGUCUUCUCAGUGCGAUCACUUGUUGAGCAUGACACGGAACACUAGGGAUGCAUUAACUUUCAAAUGAUUUAGUAAAUGUUAAUCAGAAAUUCCAAAAUGAACACCAUUAACAAAAAUGUAUAGGCCUAAAUGCAGUAGACAUGUCAAUUGUGAUAAACUAAAUAGAAGUAUGUUCAUAUUGUAGACUACUUGAGAGUAAAUUGUUAACAUUGUAAAGUCAAGUGAAACUUACCUGGAACUUGUGCUGUCUAAACAAAACUGAAGCACAUCUCUCUAUGCUAUCCGCAAAGCUUGAUUUCUUCUCUAGCGUUACCCUGAUGAAAUGUGUCUUUUCUGUAGUGUGCAACAGUAGAUCUUUUAGUAAUCUUCUAGUUAUUGGAUAACAGACAUUCUGCUCACUAAGCUGCGUUUGACAAACAAAUCACCACAUAAUUAUUAUACAUGUGGUGGUGGCCCACUAUGAUGAUAUUUCUGGGAAAAUAGUUAAUUAUUGUCUACAAAUGAAGGAAGUCCACAACACAGCAGUGAGGUGUUUAUUGUUACUUUUGGACUGCAUGAAAGUUGGCUGCGUGUAACGCAUCCUAACUAU